AGUGAUAUAAAAAUUUAAAAUUGAUCAGUCGCAUCAUGACACUAAAAGUGUUAACUGUGGUUUGGGCAUUUUGCCUCGUAGCUGUGUAUGGUAAAUUGCAACGUGUGCAAAUGGAAAAGCAAGAAUCUGUAAAACCACGAUUUACGAGAUAUCAAAAAACUGUUGAAGUCAAUGAAAUUAAUGCAAGAGCUGGAUUUGGAUCUUCAGUGGAACUUAUUAACUAUUUGGAUACACAAUUCUAUGGAAGAAUAUCCAUUGGAACCCCUCCACAAGACUUUACCGUAGUCUUUGACACAGGAUCGGCGAAUCUCUGGGUUCCGUCACAAAAAUGUGACACCUCACAUGCUGCUUGCAAUAUUCAUGAAAGAUACGACUCCACAAAAUCUACCACAUACAAAGACAAUGGAACUGAGUUUUCCAUAAACUACGGUGUUGGAAGUAUGCAAGGAUUCCUUUCACAAGAUCAUGUUAAUAUUGCUGGACUUAAUAUCGAGAACCAAGUUUUUGCCGAAGCAGUCACUUUACCUGGUUCAGCAUUCGUAACUACUAGAUUCGAUGGUGUUUGUGGACUAGGUUUCCAUACCCUUGCUAUAGAUGAUGUUAUCCCUCCAUUUUACAACAUGUACUCCGAGGGUUUAAUCGAAAAACCUGUGUUUUCAUUCUACAUUAAUCCUGAUCCACUGUCCAAAAGUGGCGGUGAAGUUAUCUUUGGUGGAUCAGAUCCGAAUUUGUAUACAGGUAACUUUACGUAUUUAAGAGUGACCCGUAGAAGAUAUUGGCAGAUACGGAUGGACGCUUGCCUUGUUCGAAAUAAAGUAUUCUGCGAAGGAGGAUGUGAGGUUGUUGCAGAUACUGGUACGACCCUUAUAGCGGGACCAAGUGGUGAAAUUGCUGAAAUUCAUCGACUAAUCAGUGCAGAACUUAAUGAAAAUGGUCAAUAUGCUGUUAAUUGCGACAGAAUUAUUGGUCUACCAAACAUUGAAUUCAUUUUUGCUGGACAGAAAUUUAUAUUUGAACCAAAGGACUAUCUUAUUGAAUUUGAAGAAGACGGAACUAAGGUCUGCAUGUCUGGAUUCAUGGGAGUCGAUAUUCCGGAACCAACUGGUCCUCUCUGGAUUCUCGGUGAUGUAUUCUUUGCCAAGUACUAUACAGAAUUCGACGUGGGAAACAGUCGUGUUGGAUUUGCAGAAGCUAUAUAGACAAUAUUUGAUUUUUCAUUUGUUUCCAUGUAAUGGUUAUACAAUAAAUAAGGCAAUAUAAACAA